AUCACCCUCCUCCACCCACCACCAUCACCCUCUUCUUCAUAUUUAAAUUGUCCGGUAAAAACGCCUACGAUCUCCUAGGGCUUCCGGAAUCCUGCUCGUUUUCAGAAAUCAAAGCUUCGUCUUGGAAAUUAGCCAAGGAAACUCAUCCAGAUCUAUCUCAAUCGCAUUCCAAUCGGUUUGUUCAGAUUCUCGCAGCUUAUCAGAUAUUGUCAGAUACUGAAAAGAGGGCGCACUAUGACAGAUAUCUAUUUUCACAAAAAGUAGUUAUCCAUAAACAAUCAAGACAAGGUUCCCAAAUGUACACAUACGAAUCCUACGAAACAACAGAAAAGCCUAUGGAAGUUGUUGAAUGGUUAGAAUGGUAUAGAUACGCCAUAAACGAUAUCGUAUCAGAGAAGAGAAUAAUGGACGGAACAGGUUACUUCGACGUGCUACAAAACGAUUUUUACUCUGCCAUAAACGCAGCUUAUUACGGUCCUCUAAUUCAAUCAAUGGACUUUCUUCCCGACUGUUUCGAAGCUGGCGUUAGAUCUGUUCCCGGAACUCCCGAGGUCCUGCAUUUGGUUUCUGGACGGGACCUAUUCGGUGAUGGUGGAGGAGGGUGAUGGUGGGUGGAGGUUGAAGAUGAAGUGUGGUGGUGGGGUUUUAUAAAUAAAAAUGAAGAUGCCCGGAU